AUGUUUAAGUCUGUCUUGUCUGGGUGGUUUACCAAGUCGCUGUCGCUGGUGCCCUUGGCUUCCUCCGAGGUCAACCGCUCCUUCACCAUGGCUGGCAGAGACUCCCACCAGGUGUACCACGUGUCGAUGAACGACGACAACACUGACGACUUUGUCGACAUUGCGUACCGCAAGUUGUCGUAUGCUGAGGUGGCGUCGAUUGCCAGACACAGACAGCAGACUUCGAAGGUGCCUCAUGGCCGUUGCUCUUCGCCCCGGGUGGCCCACAACCGGUACGCUGUUUUGGCGGCGAACGACGACGACGACGACGCCUCCGAGCUGGUGUACUCGGAGAAGUUCAAGAUCAACAACUACUUUAGCAAGAAUAAGGUGUACAAGCAAGCCGAUAAGGUAAAGGCGGCUCGCAGCAAGCAGAAGAAGGCGUACAACGGCAGGUCCCACUGA